ACAAGUUGAAAAAAUGAAAUUCCGUAACGCUUGGCCGUGCCGAUAUAUCUUUGGACGAUCACGAAAACUGAGUUUCGAAUUUCGACUUGAGAGUUCGCAUAAGGAUAGGUCUGAGCAAGAAUAGCUUAUAGUGAAAGCUUCAGUUUUUUUUGAUAGCACCUAUUUUGAAAUAAGAACACUGGGAUUUCUUCAAGUGUCUCUAUGCAAAGUUUCAAGUUAAAAUUCGAAAGUCAGUUUUUCUGAGAGGGGAGACCGCGGAAUUGUGCUAAAAAAAUACAGUACUUCAGCAAUAAUAAGCAAUUCGUUCGAAUUUUUUCCGGAAUACUCAUAACUCAUUAGAAUCUACACGAUGAACGUGGUCACGACUUGAAAGCGAUUUGAUACUUAUAAACGAGGCCUUGCAAGUGUUCCCAAUGCAUAGUAUAACAAUGAAUCUCACUGAAGCACUCACAUAUUUACUUCGGAAUGGUCUGCACUAGAACAAAUCUGAAAGAUGAUCGACUUCAACUAAUAUUUUAUACUUAUAACAAUUUGAUAAAACUGACUGAGUUGCACGUGGAUUCCUGAUGAGAAUAUUGAUCUUAGAAGAAGAAAUCUCCAUUGUUAGUUUUUAAUAAAUGCAUAUUUUAAUUCUUCUACUUAGGUUGUUGUGAUUGGUGAUCAAAGUUCAGGUAAAACCAGUGUACUCGAAAUGAUAACACAAGCACGUAUAUUUCCUCGAGGUGCUGGUGAAAUGAUGACACGUAGUCCAGUAAAAGUUACUUUAAGUGAAGGUCCUUAUCAUGUUGCAACUUUUAAAGAUAGUAGUAAAGAAUAUGAUUUAACAAAAGAAGCAGAUUUAGCUGCUCUUCGAAAAGAAAUUGAACUUCGUAUGCGUGCAUCAGUUCGAAAUGGUCAAACGAUCAGUAGUGAAGUUAUUUCAUUAUCAGU